CUGUCUGUACGUUGGCAUUUAGGGGCCACCACCGGGUCCCCAGGGUCUGCGUUUAUCACGCACGGGUGCGCGCCCAGCGCCCAGCUGCAGGCGCCUCGGCCUCGGGGCACUGCUGCUGUUUCCUGCUGGCAGUGUCGACCCCGUCCGGGACUAGCCAGGUGACUCUCUCCGCCCCCGCCGGCCACGGAGACAGCUGCAACCCGAGACAUCAGACCUGACCCCGCUGCUCGGCGCCGGCGGGAAGCCAGUUUUCCUCCUCCACCUCCCGGCCAGGGCCCAGCCACCCCUCCCACAGAAUGCCUGAGGGCCCCGAGUUGCAUCUGGCCAGCUGCUUCGUGAACGACGCGUGCAGGGGGUUGGUGUUCGGCGGGUGUGUGGAGAAGUCACCCGUCAGCCGCAACCCCGAGGUGCCCUUUGAGAGCAGCGCCUACUGCAUCUCAUCCUCAGCCCGUGGCAAAGAGCUGCGCCUGACCCUGAGCCCCCUGCCUGGGGCCCAGCCCCCACGGGAGCCACUGGCCCUGGUCUUCCGAUUUGGCAUGUCCGGCUCCUUCCAGCUGGCGCCCAGCGAGGCGCUGCCCGCCCACGCCCACCUGCGCUUCUACACAGCCCCACCUGGCCCCCGACUCGCCCUCUGCUUCGUGGACAUCCGCCGCUUCGGCCACUGGGACAUCGGGGGCGAGUGGCAGCCAGGCCGCGGGCCUUGCGUCUUGCUGGAGUAUGAGCAGUUCAGGGAGAAUGUGUUACGAAACCUAGCGGACAAGGUCUUUGACAAGCCCAUCUGUGAGGCCCUCUUGGACCAGAGGUUCUUCAACGGCAUUGGCAACUAUCUUCGGGCAGAGAUCCUGUACCGAUUGAAGAUACCCCCCUUCGAGAAAGCCCGCGAGGUUCUGGAGGCGCUGCAGCAGCACAGGCCGAGCCCGGAGCUAACCCUGAGCCAGAAGAUCAGGGCGAAGCUGCAGAACCCAGACCUGCUGGAACUGUGUCACUCAGUGCCCAAGGAAGUGGUCCAGCUGGGGGGCAAAGGUUACGGGCCGGAGAGCGGAGAGGAGGACUUCGCUGCCUUUCGGGCGUGGCUGCGUUGCUAUGGCAUGCCGGGCAUGAGCUCCCUGCAGGACGGGCGUGGCCGCACCAUCUGGUUCCAGGGGGAUCCCGGACCCCUGGCACCCAAAGGGGGCAAGUCCCGCAAGAAGAAAUCCAAGGGAGCACAGCAGGGUCCUGAGCACGGAUCAGAGGACCCUCUCCUUCCAAGCACGGCCCCUUCCAGAACACGUGGGGCACAGAGAGGCCUUUCUGAGCAAACUACAGCCUGGCAGCCCGAGGGGACCAGCUUCUCGCAGGACCCAGAAGUCCCCCUAGUCCCUAAGAAAGGAAGAAGGAGGGGGAGACCAACAACCUCAGGCCCCCGCAAACCCCAAAAGGUCAAAGCUGAGAAUGGGGGGACCUGAGCCUCUUAGGAGGGUCUCCCUGCUUGCAUCCACCCCUUCCCUUUGCCUUGCCCUGGAUCGAGGGGCCUGUGUAGCUUGCUGGAAGCAGGCUGGAGCUGAAGGUGCCUGGAUGCCCCUGGCCCUGUGGCUGUUCCCUGCACAGCUAUGAUGUUUUACUGUACCCCACCUUCCCCAUUUUUUAAGCCCAUGUGAAAGAGACUGUAAUUUUUUUUAUAAACUAAUAAACUUGAGCUUCUUGGCA